AUGCGCUCACCUUCGUCUCUCUUGGCCUUGGCUAGUCUGUUACGGCUCGUCUCUGCCGCCGUUAUCACCGGCUUGGAUGCAAGCCCUGAGUCGCGUUCUGUUCUCUGGGAAGACCUGGCCGUCAACCCUGAGCUUAGUGAGAGACAGCCCGGUGGAGUCUUCAUCACCACCGACAUUGGCUGGGGAGGUACCACGGGCUAUGCUAAACAGCCUUACGACCUUUGCAUCGUCCUCACCAGUCCUUGGUACCACACAAUCUCCUCCAUCGGCCCGGAUGCGGGAAACGCCAUCGUUGUGUCCGAGGAUAACAGCUGCGCGGGUAACUCCUACACUAUCUUUAAUCCUGGAAGCAACCAAGGAUGGAACGAUCGAAUCGGCAGCUUCAGAGUUCGCCAGAUCCCUGGGGACCAGUGUAUCGGUGAAGUCAACUACCAGAGGCUGCCAGGCGUUGACUGCGGGAGGUGCUGCAACGGCUGUAACCGCAGUGGUACGGACUGCUGCCCGGCUGGUGUCUUCUGUUGA